AUGGUAAGCUCCCGCACGUCCAGCGUAAACAUCACGGCCACCGUUAAUGGUAGCGGCGUGGCCGACGGCGCGGCCGCGUCGCGCGAAGACGAGAACAGAAUGACGAACGAAGUCGGUCCCCAGGAGUGGAACCAGAGUGGACCGCCUUCGCUCUCGAUGUCGGUCGACUUGCACAAUCUCGUCAGUUCAAAUCUUUCGGACUCGGGGCGAUAUUCUGCGAGUCCGGAUGAGCAUCAGGCCGCAUCGACCAACGCCGCCGCCGCGAUCAAAAUCGGCUCCCACGACGAGGAGGAGAGCUACGAGGGCUUCGGCUUCGUCGAGGGCGAGUCGGUGGACGACGGGCCGGAUUCGCCGGGCGGUAGCAGUUCCGCACCCUCGCCAACCGGUAUCAAUUCGCACAGAAAUCCAAGGAGUCCGAACUCUACUGUUGGAAGACAUUCCUGGCUGCGUACAUCACUGCGGAGAACGCCUCCUUGUUCGGGCAGAAAGAGACUCAGCACCAACGCUUUAGCAAGUCAGCUCUAUCGCAGUGGUAGCUUCAACAGUUCAGGAAUGGGUUCAAAUUACGACCCUACGGAUGAUGUAUAUAGUGAUGUAUCUUUGGAGGAUGUCAUGGAUCUCAGUCACAAAGUUCAAAUGAUUCAAGAGCAAAUGGAUGCUUUAGCGGAUACCAAGUCGGUUGGCGAGGAGAGGUACGCUAGAGCAAAACAAGAAAAUGCAACAUUACAGGCGCGCAUAUUAAUGCUUGAAGAAGCGGCCAAAGAUGCAGAAACAAGAGCUGAGGAAAGACUUCAAGCCGAGCAGCGGAGACACCGGGAAUGGGUGUGUCGUUUGGAACGUGAACGUCAAUUGCAGCUGGAAAACUGUGCUAUCAAGCUGCAAGCAGCAGAGCUGGACAGUUCCAGUUUGCGGGAGGAGAUUACGAGAGUGCGUGAACAACUUGAGAGAAUGAGGGCGGAUAAAACGCGACUCGAAAACGACCUCCGAGAGAUCAGGAGGGAAGCGGAUGCCGCACGCGAAAGUGAACGUCAUGCGAUAAGCCGAGCUAACGAAGCUUAUCAUAUGCUCGACGCCAUGAGAGAGGAACUUUCGUUACGGAGCGAGGAUCAGCAGAGGCUUGAGGACCUGGUGCAGCAGGUGGCUCAGCUUCAAGCUCGCAAUAAAAGUUUGGAAGAAUCUCGGGAUGAAUUGCAAGCUGCUGCGGCGUUACAAGCAGGCCGUGAACUUUUAAUGCUGAAUCCUUGUAAUAACAAUGCUGAAAAAGGUCCUAGUCUCGCUAUGGAAUUGUUAGCUGGCAUGAAUCCAGACCAGAUUGAUGGCCAAGGAGAAUUCAACGAACCGUGCACAAUGGCUGAAUUAAAACAAGCCCUAAAAGAACAACAAGAAGUAAAUACGCAAUUAAGAACAUAUAUUGAUGGGAUAUUGUUAAAUAUUGUGGAAAAUUAUCCACAAUUGUUAGAAGUGAAACAAACGCACUGAAACAUAGCCUAUGAGCCAUCAUUAAAUCCUGCUCCAAUACUUUCGAGACAUUUUAUGUUAACUUUCUUCGUUGUCGAGAAAGAUUGGGAACUGUUUAAGAUUUGGUUGACAUAUAUUUUUUAUAUUUCAAUGUUUGAGGACAUUUAAAUUUUUAGUGCAAAAGCGCUUAAAGGAGAAAAAUCAAUUUUAAAGAAACUAAGUUUAAAGUGACAGUUCCCAAAUACAAAAUUCUAAAACGUCGAGAGGUCUUCAUAGAAAUAGUCUCAGCUUACAUAUUUUUUAAGUAUCUUAGAGACUUCUAUUAUUCAUGAUCGAAAUCCUUGCUCGACCGAUUGAACUCUAAGUAGCAGUCAUUAACAUUUAGGAAAAAGUGAUAAAAAGUGACGCUACUGCAGUCGCAACGAUAUAGAACGGAGAAUACUCGGCUGGUGUGAUUUCUGAGAUGAGCUUCGUCACAUCAUUCGCAGAUCUUCGAGCCGUUUUUUCCACUGCCGCCAGUUUUCAUCGCGCCAAUGUCAUCACCGCCAGGAUAGUGAGCGAAUCUCGAUUACGUUUCUCAGAUUUUUUGCACGUUGCCAACUGACCUAUGUACUUCAAUUCACACACUAGAUCGUUGAAGUGUUCAUAUACGAUUGAUACAUGAUUGAUAUCCAAAAUGAAUACAUAUAUGUACGCGGGUAUGUGUGCGUGUGUGUAUGUGUAUGUUAUGCGACAACGGAGAUGAUGUGACUGCAUUAUGUGUCGCGAAAAACUGUGAUGCAUUAAAGUACCUUUUAAGUAAAAAUUUGUCUUGGUGACACACGUUUACAAUUCUAUCGGCAAGAACCUUGUACUCUAGGGCCUUAUAUCGAAAGCUAGUAAAAUUGCAAUUAAAUAAUUAUAUUUUGAUA